AUGCGCAUGGCAGCCGCCCCCAGCCGCAGCCAGGCCACCCGUGCCUGCCGCCCCGCGGCGGCGGCACCCGCCGCGCCGCUUGCGUCGCUGUCGCCGCUGCCUCGCCCUGCCAUUCGCGGCACCCGCCACGCGGCGUCCACAUCUGCCGCGGCCACCGACCCAGCCACCACCACCAGCGGCGCCGUCGCCGCCGGUCCCGCCGCCGCCGUGGCCACCGGCAGCACCACGCUGCAGGUGACGCGCGCCAAUUUCCCAGAGGCCCUGGCCCAGGUUCGAGCCGCGCUGUCGGCCUGCCAGUUUUUUGCGUUUGACUGCGAGAUGACCGGCCUCACGCUGGACGGCCAGGAGGACAAGCUGCUGGACGACGUGUUUGACCGCCACGAGCGCACCGUGGCAGCUGCCCAGCAGUUUCUCGUCUGCCAGCUCGGCGUCUCCGCGUUUGUCUGGCGCCCCGACGGCAGCGGCGGCGGCAGCUACGAGGCGCGGACGUUCAACUUUUAUGCGUUCCCCACGCCCCGCGGCGAGUUUGACCCGCGGUUCGUCUGCCAGGCGUCCAGCCUGGCGUUCCUGGCCUCACAGGGGUUUGACUUCAAUAAGGCGCAAGGCGGGCGGCCCCAGGGCGGGAUUGGGCGUGCCAAGCGCCACGCCCGGCCCGCGCGCUCGAGCCGGCCGGCGCUGCGGCGAGGCAGGCGGCCGGCAGACGGCGGCGCCGCGGGAGGCGCCAAGCGGGGCGCGGUGCUGUGGCGCCCUUGCCCGCGGUUUGACCGGCAGUCGCCUAUGAUCUACGAGGGCGUGCCCUACCUGCCUCUGUCGCGGAGGGACCGCGCGGCGGCGGACGCGAAGCAGGCGCAGCGCAGGGAGGUGCGCAUCAGAG